GCNGUCAUCUUCAUCGAUGACAGCAGAAGGCGUAGAGUGCUUGGUGCCGUCUUGCGGUGGGAGGACGCAAAGGGGGGCCGGCGACAUUUCUAUAUGCAGAAAGUUUAUGGCGCCAAGGGCAACGUCGUUGCCAAUUCGAAAGGGACGUUGUUGGACCUCGAAUUGUGUGAGGGGUUCGGAGCGGGUGCUGUGAACACCCCGUUCUACAGAGAACUCGUUCUCGGGGGCGGUUUUGUUUUGGCGCGUGAAUUUUUCGACAUGUUGGAGGACAAAAAUAUCGCUCUAGACGUCCCCUGCGACGUCAACCCAUCCCUGGAGCUGUCGUUGCCGUUGAAGCUGUGCAGCGGUUGCGAGUCAAGUGGGGCAGGGGCGGAGGGCGGUGAUCUGGGUUCUGGUCCCGCCACUCAGCUGCACCGUGGCGAGAGCCGAGAGGUCGACUUGGAGGCGAGCGAGGGACAGGGUGUGGAGGAGGUGGACGCGGGAGGCCUGGGCUCACAAGGAGCUCCGCAAAAGAGGAGGGGGGAUCAUCCAGACGAGUUCGCCGGUUCUACGAAGAAGUUAAAGAGCAAGGCCCCCAGGACUGAGGGGGAGAAACGCAAGGGGACCGAGGGGGACCAGGGCCGGCAGGUUGCCAAACGACCGUCUUCGAGACAGAAGCAGCCUGAGUCUGGACCGUCUUCUCCACCGACAAUAGGGACUCCCAUCGACAUCGACGCCGGGUACUUCCUCGAGUACAAAGACGGCGUUCGGACAAAGCGGGAGUUCGACAUUAGCCCUGCGCAGGUCGUCGACCUCGGGGACUGGGAGGACCUGUACAACCAGCGGUCCCUGGAUCCCGUGCUCGUGGAAGGGAUCAAAGAAGCGAUGCGGUUGGCGUUCGAAAACAAAGCGCAGUCUUACGAUUUACCAACCCUGAAACUGGCGCCCCUGGGGCUUGAUAAACCGGCUCCGGGGACCAGGGCAGAACGUCUGAGACCGGAGGAUUGGAGGGAUGAGCUGGCGGGACAAUACUACUACUACGCGGUGUGUGGGCAGCACAACGCGGCUGCAGCGAGGUCGCUGCUCGGCAGCGAGGUGGCCAGGAAAUACAAUUUCGAGCGGUGGCCUGCACGAAUGGUCUACUUUUCGGACGGCGACUUCGAAGGGUACUUCAUUGUCAGUUCCCAGGACGACAAGAAGGACCUGAAGGCGCCCCCACGACAGCUGAAGCUGUCAAUGAGGGACAUUAGGUGGCAGUGGAAGCGCGCCGGUUGCCCGCAUCAGCAGGGCGAGGAGGCCAUCAGGAAACAAGGCGUUGCCCUGCGUUCCUAUUUCCCGUUGGCGAUGGCAGGGGAGAACGUCUGGAAACUGGCCGUCGAGUUUUUCGAGAAAUGGGAGACAGGCAGAUUGCUCGGACACGACGGCGCAAAGUGGAUCAUGCGGAAGAAGAAAGUCAAAAAUGUGAAGCCUGGGGUUGCAUACAUCCAUAAUGACAAGCUGGGCAGGAAGGAGGUCGUGUACAACGUCCCUGUGGAACCGCCGUCAAAGAAAGGCAAAAAGGAGAAAGAGGAGGGCGAGAGGUUCGUGCAAGUGCCAGAGCCGGACGCGCAUUGUUGGAAAACGAUGGAGUCGCUGACAGACAACGAGAAGUGUCGCGUCCUGAAGAAGGUGCUCGCUUGCGAGGUGGUUUGGGUACAGGCCGUCUUCCCAGCGUUGGCGAAGCUCGGAAAGCUGAGCGUCCAGGAGGUGGUGAAUUUGGUGAAGUGCGACCGGGUGCUGGUGCGUCUGUGGAACUACUACCAGUUCAAGCACGACAAAAGGCAGGACGCGGAUUGGAGCCAGAGGUUCCCGUUCCUGAAAUCAAGGUCCGCAAUUUUCAGACAGUUUGAGAGUCGUGGUUUGGAUGCUGAGUUGUGGGACGGGAGCACGAAAUAUGUCACUGACUCCUCGCUGUUCAAGGAAUGCCCGCCCUACAUGGGCUGCGGCGACGACAGAUCGAUCGAGGCGACGGAGAAGCUGGCCGGUCACAAGAAGCUGUCCGUCAACUGGAGGAAUAAGGUCCUGUCCGUGUUGACUGGCAGUAGACUGAAGAGUCGAGAGAUCGCGCUCGCCGAAGGCAUUGUGCACAUAAAAUGGAAUGACACGGGCGACGUGACAUCCAUCGCACCAUUUGGCAACGACCCCUUGGAGGCAGACAUAAGGAGUGCGGAGGUGAAGGAGGCAGUGGUUGCCACAAAGAGCGACGAUUUGCGGGCCAACACGUCCGUCGUCUACGAGGGGAAACUGCCGGCAGGCGCCGCUGCUGCAGUGCGGGUACCACAGAAGGUUACGCAAACGGAUGUGUCCGACAUCCCAUUCAACGCUUGCGACUGGUCGCAUACCUCGCCUGCACGUCGGGGCAUUGUGUACGGGGACAUGGAAUGCAACCCCGCCCAAUUCGUUCAGCUUCUCGAAUCCAUCACCAAGAAGGGGGAGGGUGUCGUCUUCCUCGGGAAGCCACACGCGCUGUCAGUCUGGGAAGUACUGAAGGCAGGACGGCACGUCAUCGCGAUGGAAGGGAACUCCGAGCUCUUGCAAUUUACAAUUGAUCUCGUCAAAACCGAGGUCAAUUCGAGUGCCCACAAUUGCGAGUUCAUGGUCGUCACCGAGACUCGGGCUCGCGCGUGGAACAACGAGACGGACAUGUGGUUCAAGUUGAGUGCGAGGAAGCGCAACAAGAUAUACGACUUCUUGUUCCUGCAAACGCGGCCGAAGAGAGACACCGACGCCGAGUACGUGCGCCGCAAGGACCACAUGUUCACGUUGCUCGACAACUACCACGGCGCCUCCCGCAUGAACGCAAAGACCUUCCUCGAGAGAUUGCAGUCCCUUUACUUCGUGGAGUCAAAGGAGGAGCUGACGUUCGGCAGUUACUCCUCCUUGAUCUCCACGGAAGAUGAGGAGACCACCGGCAUCGAGUUCGACGCGACCGCGGACGAGGAGGGCAGCGACACCGAAAGCCUCGACCUGCAGUACGACCAACAUUCCGCACAGCACGGUACAAGGUCGUCCUUGGCAGGUCCGUCGACAAGCCCGGCAUCCCUCGUGUCACCGAUGGCGAAACCGGCGCCUGGCACUACCCCGAUGAAGUUGCUGCAGAGAAUGCAAGCUCUGGCCUCCGGCCAUCCCUCACUGCGUCCCGGGUCUGACAUCCCACCCGAUCAUCUGUCUUGGACGAAUGCCAACAUUCACUUCCUGCCUGAGCCUCAAAGUCGUUCCAUGGAGGCGGACUGGGGCCAUGACAUGAUUUGGCAUCCAGGAGUCAUCCAGCCGGCGAUCCAAAAGGGUGAGUGGAUCGUGGCGGUCGCUGUCCCGGAUGGAGGAUGGAUGCCACUCCCUCGCGGGUCGAAGUCUGACUUCCUCAACGUCGCUAGAAUUGCGGUCCUCCAGAAAGUGAGGGUCGAGAAUGGCUCUUUCGAGCCCGACGACGUGUCCGUCAUUUCCACAGCCGGGCGAUUGUUCGCCAGACUUCAGGACAAGUGCUGGUUGGAGCUGACGGAGGACUACUACGACCUCGACACGAGCCCCUCGAAAGGAAGGGUGGACUGGAAAAUCCCCCCUCCCAGUGGGACGCAUGUAAGAACAGGGUCCCGGGGACCGGAAGGUGGGGAGAACGAGGGCGACGAGGAUGGGGGCGGCAAACGAGUCCCGGGGCGACAACAAGACGGCGACGAGGCUGAGGGCGGGUCUCAGGGCGACACCACGACAACGGAAGGCAGCGGCGGGGUGGCGGGGGAGGCCCUCGGGCGUCAGCAGUCUACCGGUCCCGGUCCGGAAUGCUCGGCACAGUCGGAGGACGUGCCCAGUUCAUCCGCCUGCUCGGUGAUGGCGGCCUUGGUUGCUCUCCGUGCCGGCUCGGUCAAAACGUCCAAGUCCGCUGGGAUCCGAACUUCAAUGCUUGCAGAGCGGACAGAGAGGACGGGCGCGCAGAGCUGGUCAGGAGCGGGGGUGGCGAGUCCUCAUCCCAAAAUAGACAGCGGUGCGGUGAGGGACGGGACUUCGCCGCCUGCGGGGGAUCGCCAACCACUUCGGUCGGAGCGAGAGGGUGCGUGUGGAGGGCCCGGUGAAAGGGAGACGGCGAAGUUCGCCGGGAUCCGAACUUCUCCAGGCAAGGAGUGCGGAGGGCCCAGCGACAGGGAGGCGGCGAAGUUCGCCGGGAUCCGAACUUCUUCAGGCAAGGCGUGUGGAGGGCCCAGCGACAGGGAGUCGGCGAAGUUCGCCGGGAUCCGAACAUCUUCAGGUAAGGGGGGCCAACCAGGGAUAUUGGUGCAGGCGGGAGGGGAUGCGUGCAGCGGGCCGGAAGCGCAUUCAUCGGGAAUCGACACGGGUUCGGGCGAAGUGGCUGCAUUGCAUGCAAGGGAAGAAGGCAGGGUGAUGGACAAAGAGAAGGAAGUGGAGGAAGGAGACACAGGGGAGGAAUUGGAGGAGGGAAGGGAGGAAGGGGAGGAAGAAGAGGAUAAAGGAGAGGAAGGGGAAGAAACGGAGUUGGCUGGGUUGCUAGGAGGGCAGGAGGGGGGAAAAGGUGAACUCGAUACAGGAGACGACGAACGGACUUUCGCCGACGACGAUGACAGAUCUGGGGAGUCUUCUGACGGAUUCGGGCAGCUGUACGGAGAACACCGUGAGGAAGACGAGGACGACGAUGACACGGCACUGUGUAUGGAGACACAGGUGGUCACAAGCCUUUCGGCAGAACGUGAUGACUAUGACGUCCAAGCAAUGACGUCUGUCGUCGAUCUCUAACACCGGUUCAACGAAGCUCGUGUAGCAGUCAGCCUGACUAAGCCGAGUGUGCGUAUUGACAUCGAAGAAGU